AUAAGCUUUGCUCCACGCUGUCUACCUUACAGUUGUAUACAGAUCCAGGCAGGAGGAACAAGCUGCUCCGCCGCUGUCAGGAGUCUUUCACGCUGAGACUCGCUACAGCUGUGGACACUGUGGGAAAAAACUCAGACAACUUUUACAGGCCUGCCGUUCAAGAGUGAGAAAAGUAAGUUCUGAUUCCUGCUUCGCUCUGAGUUUGGGAGAGUUUUUACGCAAAGAAAAGGACUUUUGGAAGCCAGGAAGGAGACAAGAGAAGUUUGUUUAGUAGAAGACUCUGUCACAGCGUCCCCAUCUUCUUCUUCUUCUAUGUAUACCAAGAUGGAAACUACUUUCUAUGACGACUCACUCAACGCUUUCUCCCAGAGCGACAACCCCGGCUUCGGAUUCAGCAACCCCAAAGCGCUGAAACACAGCAUGACGCUCAACCUGUCCGACCCCACCUACGCGCAGAAGCCUCACCUGCGCGCCAAAGCCGGCGACAUCCUGACCUCUCCGGACGUGGGGCUGCUGAAGCUGGCCUCCCCGGAGCUGGAGCGGCUCAUCAUCCAGUCCGGGAACGGGCUCAUCACCACCACGCCGACCCCGACCCAGUUCCUGUGCCCGAAGAACGUCACCGACGAGCAGGAGGGCUUCGCGGAGGGCUUCGUCCGAGCUCUGGCCGAGCUGCACCAUCAGCACAUGCCGGCCACCACUAACGCCUCGGCUCAGCAGGUCAGCGUGAACACCGCGCUGCCGCCGGUGGCAUCCGUCGCUGGAGCCUCUGGGUAUAAUAACACUCCCGCCAUGCGCGCAGACUCUCCGGUCUAUGAGGACCUGAACACUUUCAACCCGGCGAUCAGUACCGUGUCUGCGCCGAGCUACACCACCUCAGCGCCGGCCGUGUCCUUCCCCGCGCCUCCUCCUCCUCCUCAGCUCCCGAUCUAUGGGCAGCCUUCCCCGGCUCACCUCCCCCGGCUCACGGCGCUCAAGGAGGAGCCGCAGACGGUGCCCGAGAUGCCAGGGGAGACCCCUCCACUUUCCCCCAUCGACAUGGAAAGCCAGGAGCGCAUUAAGGCGGAGAGGAAGCGCAUGAGGAACCGCAUCGCAGCUUCCAAGUGCCGGAAGAGGAAACUUGAGCGGAUCUCCAGGCUGGAGGAGAAGGUGAAGACGCUCAAGUCCCAAAACUCGGAGCUGGCGUCCACCGCCAACAUGCUGCGGGAGCAGGUGGCCCAGCUGAAGCAGAAAGUGAUGAACCACGUCAACAGCGGCUGCCAGCUCAUGUUGACGCAGCAGCUGCAGACCUUCUGAGGCGCAGAGGCUGAAGCUGAAAGAGACGGACGCUUCCUGUGAUGGUUUGUCUCCCCCGAGAACAUCCCGAUGGGAUUUGGGAGGAUGUUGCGGCGACACUGGCAGAAUCAGGGGAGCGAGCGCAAUGAAGUGCCACGCACUGCCCUGUGGCGCGUCCUGGAAAUGGAGCUCAGGACAGUUGGAGCAAACAUAAACCAGAGAGGACAUGCAUCAACUGAACUGAAGAUUUUCUUGAUUUAUCCACUGCUCUGCAUGGACUUUGCCAUUCCCAUCCAAGGAGAAGUUCAGUAUUAGGACUUGAGAGACUUUUCUUGCUGUAGCCAUAUUUUUUGGGCGUGUUGUCAACGCUAAACAAAGUUUUAACAGAUGCUGUCGACCUCUGAGUUACAGUUCAAAAUACCAUUUUCUUAAUUGUAAGAAAUUAAGUUAGAAAAAUCUUCAAGAAUUUCUUGUUUUUUUUCUAAAGCUGUUUAAUGGGGUUUCACUCAUUGCUAUAUGUAUAUAAGAUCAACUCGGAGUACUUAUGUUUACUAUUUGUAAUAAGGAAACUGUAUAAUGUUUUUUUUUAUUGCUUGUUUUCUGAGCACUUCAGAAAUGAAAUAUUUAAGAAAAAAUAA